UGUAAGGAAGCAAUGGGGGGGGUGGUUAGGAGAGCUGUUCAAAGUAAGCUUUCAUUGUCAUUUUUGGUGUAGCAGGACUAAGACCAAAGCAGGAUAAUAUGAAACAGUAGACCUAUCCUUAUGAGAGAAGAACUAGUUUGUCCCCAGCAUUGUAUUUAGGAUAAAGAAUUGUAUUUUCAAUAGCUGCAAUUAUUCCAUGUGGGGGCAAAAGGCCAUCAUCAUGGAAUCCUGGAAGGGAACGUAAUUGAUUUGCUGCUAAAUGACUCAGCUGGACCUUUUCUGAAAUACCGGUCAAGCAUUCCAGUUGCUUUUGAGUGGACAACUGUUGCAGCGAGAGUACCGACUGACGGUGGAAAUAGCUUGUGGCAUCUGAACUACUGAGAACUCCACCAUGGAAAGGAAUACUUGUGAUUUACUUUCUCGGAGCAAAAGUGCCUCUGAGGAAACUUUGCAUUCCAGUAAUGAAGAAGAGGACCCCUUUCGUGGGAUGGAGCCCUAUCUGGUACGGAGACUUUCAUCCCGCAGUAUCCAGCUCCCUCCUCUUGCCUUCAGACAGUUGGAACAAGCUGACUUGAGAAGCGAAUCAGAGAACAUUCCUCGGCCAACCAGCCUCCCCCUGAAAAUCCUGCCUCUGAUUGCUAUCACGUCUGCAGACUCAAGUGGUUUCGAUGUGGACAAUGGCACAUCAGCGGGACGGAGUCCCUUGGAUCCCAUGACCAGCCCAGGAUCUGGGCUAAUUCUCCAAGCAAACUUUGUCCACAGUCAACGCCGGGAGUCCUUCUUGUAUCGAUCUGACAGCGAUUAUGACCUCUCUCCAAAGUCUAUGUCCAGGAACUCCUCGAUUGCCAGUGAUAUACAUGGAGAUGACUUGAUUGUGACUCCAUUUGCUCAGGUCUUGGCCAGCCUGCGAACCGUGCGAAACAACUUUGCUGCAUUAACUAAUUUGCAAGAUCGGGCACCCAGCAAAAGAUCACCCAUGUGCAAUCAACCAUCCAUCAACAAAGCCACCAUCACAGAGGAGGCCUACCAGAAACUGGCCAGCGAGACCCUGGAGGAGCUGGACUGGUGUCUGGACCAGCUAGAGACCCUGCAGACCAGGCACUCUGUCAGUGAGAUGGCCUCCAACAAGUUUAAAAGGAUGCUUAAUCGGGAGCUCACUCAUCUCUCUGAAAUGAGUCGGUCUGGUAACCAGGUGUCGGAGUACAUAUCAAACACAUUCUUAGAUAAGCAACAUGAAGUGGAAAUUCCCUCUCCAACUCAGAAGGAAAAGGAGAAAAAGAAAAGGCCAAUGUCUCAGAUCAGUGGGGUCAAGAAGUUGAUGCAUAGCUCCAGCCUGACUAACUCAUGCAUCCCAAGGUUUGGGGUCAAAACAGAACAGGAGGAUGUCCUGGCCAAGGAACUAGAAGAUGUGAACAAAUGGGGUCUCCAUGUUUUCAGAAUAGCAGAGCUGUCUGGUAACCGGCCUCUGACUGUUAUCAUGCAUACCAUUUUUCAGGAACGAGAUUUAUUAAAAACAUUUAAAAUUCCGGUAGACACUUUAAUUACAUAUCUCAUGACCCUGGAGGACCAUUACCAUGCUGACGUGGCCUAUCAUAACAACAUCCAUGCUGCAGAUGUCGUCCAGUCCACUCAUGUGCUACUAUCAACACCUGCUUUGGAGGCUGUCUUCACAGACUUGGAGAUUCUCGCGGCCAUUUUUGCCAGUGCAAUACAUGAUGUCGAUCAUCCCGGUGUGUCAAACCAAUUUCUGAUCAAUACAAACUCAGAGCUCGCCUUGAUGUACAACGACUCCUCUGUCUUAGAGAAUCAUCAUCUGGCCGUGGGCUUCAAGUUGCUCCAAGAAGAAAACUGUGACAUUUUCCAGAAUCUGACCAAAAAGCAAAGACAAUCUUUAAGGAAAAUGGUCAUUGACAUUGUCCUUGCGACAGACAUGUCAAAGCACAUGAACCUCCUGGCUGAUUUGAAAACGAUGGUGGAAACUAAGAAGGUGACAAGCUCCGGUGUCCUCCUCCUUGAUAAUUAUUCUGACAGGAUCCAGGUCCUCCAGAAUAUGGUGCACUGUGCAGAUCUCAGCAAUCCCACGAAGCCACUGCAGCUGUACCGCCAGUGGACAGACCGGAUAAUGGAGGAGUUCUUCCGCCAGGGGGACCGGGAGCGGGAACGUGGCAUGGAGAUAAGUCCCAUGUGUGACAAGCACAAUGCCUCUGUGGAAAAAUCACAGGUGGGCUUCAUAGACUAUAUUGUUCAUCCACUCUGGGAGACAUGGGCGGACCUCGUACACCCUGAUGCCCAGGACAUCUUGGACACUUUGGAGGACAAUCGUGAGUGGUACCAGAGCACAAUCCCUCAGAGCCCCUCCCCUGCACCGGAUGACCAAGAGGAAGGCCGGCAGGGCCAAACUGAAAAAUUCCAGUUUGAACUAACCUUAGAGGAAGAUGGCGAGUCAGACACUGAGAAGGACAGCGGAAGUCAAGUGGAGGAAGACACUAGCUGCAGCGACUCCAAGACUCUGUGCACUCAAGACUCAGAGUCCACAGAAAUUCCACUUGAUGAGCAGGUUGAAGAGGAGGCUGUAGCGGAAGAAGAGGGAAACCAGCCUGAAACUUGUGUCAUAGAUGACUGUUGUCCUGACACGUAACAGUUUAAAGACUGUCACACUUUUUUUUUUUUUUUUUUAAGUAGAGAAAAUGUUUCCAAAGUGCAUGUCACAUGCCACAACCAUGGUCACACCUCACUCUCAUCUGCCAGGACGUUGGUUGAACAAAACUGACCUUGAACUACUCAGUCUGGCGCUCAGGAAUACCGUAACCAGUUUUUUUCACCUCCAUGUCACCGGAGCAAGGGGCAACGUCAUCACGAACAUGAUUUUGACAUGAUUUCAGCUUGGCGGAGCUGACAAAGCAGAUAAAAUCAACUCCAACUGUUUUCAAGGGAGCUUGGCUCAUCGGGCUGCCCAAAAGUAGAUUGGAUUGCAGGAUACCUUUGUUUGUUUGCAAAAAUUUUAAGAAUAAAAAAAGAAGCAUUUGAGGGAUGGAGUGAACUCACAGAUGAAGCAAUGAAAAUGUCACAAACAGGACACAGCUUGAGUCUGUGCCCAGGAGGAGGAUGAGCCGCAGAAAUUGCAUAAUUUUCUAAUUUCAAGUCUUCCUGAUACAUGACUGAACAGUGUGGUUCAGUGAGCCACACUCAACCUCUACAUUUUGUAUGAUAUGUAAAACAGAUUUUUUUGUAGAGCUUACUUUUAUUAUUAAAUGUAUUGAGGUAUUAUAUUUAAAAAACUGUUCAGAACUUCAUCUGCCACUGGUUAUUUUUUCUAAGGAGUAACUUGCAAGUUUUCAGUACAGAUCAGUGCUACACUGGAUAAAUCUCAUUUACGAAUUUUACUUGCACCUUAGAGUUCAUAGCAAUUAACUGAUUUGUAGUGAUUCAUUGUUUUAUAUACCAAUGACUUCCAUACUUUAAAACAGAGAAACAACUUUAUGUUGCCAGAAGCCCUUUUUGUAAGUGUCCGUUCACCCCACCUUUUGUUCACUCCUCCCCAAGCCAGGAGAGUUGCUCUCCAUCACUGCUUCCUUCAUGGUGUGUGAAGUGAGUAUUUAUUCUGUAAU